CCCCAAUAGCCGGAUCCACUGAUUAAAGCAAGGGCCUGCACCUAAAUUAGGGAACUCCAUACCCUAGGUCCACCGAAAACGACCUAAAGCUUCCCAGUUCUUAGCUAGACCCGCACCGCAACACCCGAUAACAGUUACAGACGUUGUUUCCAAGGAAGGAACACGCCGGAAACCUUGGAAGAAUGUACAUUUGAAAAUUGUCGGAAUUAUCAUCCAUGGAUGUCAUCAGCCUCAACUCCAACUUCGUAAAUUUCACAUUCUAAGACAUACUAACGACGAGAUACCACCUCUUCCUUCACCAACAUCUUCUGUUGUCCUAUCGUCUAACACCCCACAAACAACCAUCCAUCCCCUCCAUCCUUCGGUCUCCAUUAGCUUCGCCACACUUUUCUUCGAUCUGAUUUUAUCUGACCAUUCAAUUCCGUUCGUUCAUCUGACGAUCCUCCCCAACGAGAGAAAUAAAUAAAAAAAGAACCGAACAAAAACCAUACCAAGUAUCGCCGUAACGGACGGACCCGUAGUCCGCAUUCGCGACCGAAAAUGGUCAGCCCCGUCGGAACGUUCUUCAUAGUCGUGCUCGUCAUUGCGGUCGUCGGCCUGAUCGGCUGGGUCGUCUUCACCCAGUUCCGCGCAAGGCGAUUAGGCCUCCCCGCCCCACCCAUCUCCUCGUACAACCCCUUCGCGCGCUCAGAACCCACCUCGUACGUAGGUCCCCAACCCGCACCCAGCGGCAUCCGCGGCUGGAUCAGCGACAAAUGGCGCGCGCUACGCAGUCGAGGUAGCGGAGGCGGAGGCGGCAGCCGCUCCGCGACGGGGGCGGGCUACGAGCGCGCUUCCCGCCGCGGCUACGCACUCGACCCGGACGAGGCGUGGGACACGCGUGUCGGCCACGAGGCCGAUGCUUAUUACGGGUACGGCGCGUACGAAGAGCAGGAGCUGGGGUUGCGCGGACAGGCGCAACAAGCACAUCCCUCGCAGCAACAACAGCAACAUCAACAGCAGCAGCAACAGCCGCAGAACCCGUUCCAGUCGCACGGCGAUAUAGGUUCCGGGAGCUCGUAUAACGGCGCGGGAUACAGCAACGUGGCGCUCGGCGCGGACGAGAACCGCGGACGCACGCUUAGCCGUAGCCCCGGUGUUGGGCUCGGUGUUGAGAGUGCGCGUAACCCGUUCGAUGACGAUGCGGCGGAGCCGAGUAAUAUCAGUUUGCGCGGGGUUAGUCCUAGGCCUAUUGAUACGGCGGCCGCGAACGCGGGGAAGGUGAAGGGCGGUGUCGCGCAUCAUCAUGAUAGCCCGACUUCGGAGCGGAGAUCGAUUUUUAGGGAGGAUGUUUAGGGUGAGGGCGCUGGUGAGGGUGAGAGAGGGUACGAUAGGAGUGGUGGUGAUGGCGUUUGCGCUCGCGCUUGUGGGUUUGCUUGGGUUUGGAGCCGGGUGGAUUCUGAGAUGCGAUGCCUGCUUGGGCGUGGAGGUUGGCGUGGAGGUUGGCGUAGAAGUUCAAGGGGAACAGUCGAGAUAAUGCCUACACCUCUCAUAUCCUCACUCUACCUCUACUACACCCACCUUCCUUUCACCAAGGGAGGCGAGGGUCUUAAUUUUCUUCUUCUUCCCCGAGACGGGCGACGGAUAGGAAAAGGACUGGAAUUCUGCGGGAAGACAUAUUGAUCUAAUUUCUUCGGAGAGGAGUUUGCGGAGUUCUCUCUUCUUGUUUUUUUUUUUUUU